AUGGAGGAGGGGGCGAGGUGUAACACCAGCCUGGGUUUUGUGAGCCAUUCAUCCAACUCCUGCCUGCCCAGGGUGAUCCUGCUGCUGAUGAACGCCUUCGACCUGGAGGAAGGCUCUCUGACUGCAGAGAACCUCAGUGAGAUGAAGGACUACCUCAUGGCCACCCACCCCCAGGAGUACGCCCAGCUGGUGCCUCAGCUCAAAAACUGCAGCCUGGAAGCUGAACUGGAUACGGCUGUCCAGGGGACAGGACUGGCCUUCAUCGUCUAUUCCGAAGCCAUCAAGAACAUGGAGGUGCCCCAGCUGUACUCGGUGCUCUACUUUGUCAUGCUGCUGAUGCUGGGCAUCGGGAGCAUGCUGGGCAACACUGCUGCCAUCCUCACCCCGCUGACCGACAGCCGCCUGCUGGCCACGCGCCUGCCCAAGGAGCUCAUCUCGGGGGUUGUGUGUCUCCUCAACUGCCUCAUCGGCCUCAUCUUCACCAUGGAGGCUGGGAACUACUGGUUCGACAUCUUCAACGACUACGCGGCCACGCUCUCGCUGCUGCUCAUCGUGCUGGUGGAGACCAUCGCCGUCUGCUACAUCUACGGGAUACGCAGAUUUGAGAAAGAUCUUCACACCAUGGUUGGCCGCAAGCCAAACUGGUAUUGGAAAAUCAUGUGGGCUUUUGCUAGUCCUUUGCUAAUUAUCAGCCUGUUUAUCUUUUACCUCACUGACUACAUCCUCACGGGGACGCUGCAGUACCAAGCGUGGGAUGCCACACAGGGGCAGCUGGUGACCAAGGACUACCCUGGCUACGCCCUGGCGGUGAUCGGGCUGCUCGUGGCAGCAUCCACCAUGUGCAUACCCCUGGGGGCACUGGGAGCCUUCCUCAGGAGGAGGCUGAAGAGGGACAGCGUCCCCACCGUCGCGUGA